GUCGCCGUCCAUGGGCAGAUAGGGUCCGGACUCGCAUUCUUUUUUUUUUUUUCCCUCGGCUAAUUUCAGCUCACUUCUAACCCCGACUGCACCAUGGUUUGCACCUCGCUUUCCCGUUUGUGGACUAUAUUUUGCCUUCAUUCGUGUUUUUACGCGAACAGUGGAGUAGCACAGAACACGAGAGAGGUGAUCCUGCUGGACUCAAAGGCGCAGCAGACAGAGUUGGAAUGGAUAGCGUCUCCUCCAAGCGGGUGGGAAGAGAUCAGUGGGCUGGACGAGAACUUCACCCCCAUCCGCACGUACCAGGUGUGCCAGGUCAUGGAACCCAAUCAGAACAACUGGCUUCGGACUAACUGGAUAGAAAAGGGCGACGCGCAGAGGAUUUUUGUGGAGCUGAAAUUCACCCUGAGGGAUUGCAACAGCCUGCCCGGGGUGGUGGGAACGUGCAAGGAGACGUUCAACCUGUAUUACCAGGAGACGGACGUGGAGGUGGGCAGGAAUAUACGCGAGAGCCAGUACGUGAAAAUAGACACCAUAGCGGCGGACGAGAGCUUCACCCAAGGUGACCUGGGCGAGAGGAAAAUGAAGCUGAACACGGAGGUGCGUAUAAUCGGGCCCCUGUCCCGCAGGGGCUUUUACCUGGCCUUCCAGGACGUGGGGGCCUGCAUUGCCCUCGUUUCCGUCAAGGUUUACUACAAGAAGUGUUGGUCCAUCAUCGAAAACCUGGCCACGUUCCCGGAUACAGUGACGGGCUCUGAGUUUUCCUCGCUGGUGGAGGUGGAGGGGACGUGCGUCAGCGAUGCCGAGGAGGAGGCCGACAACUCGCCCAAAAUGCACUGCAGCGCCGAGGGCGAGUGGCUGGUUCCCAUUGGGAAAUGUAUCUGCAAGGCCGGCUUUCACCAGAAAGGCGACGCAUGCGAACCCUGUGGCCGUGGCUUCUACAAAUCUUCGUCUCAGGAUCUGCAGUGUUCGCGCUGUCCGGCCCACAGCUAUAAUGACAGAGAGGGCUCCUGGAGAUGUGACUGCGAAGACGGAUACUACAGGGCACUCUCUGACCCACCGUCCAUCGCCUGCACCCGGCCCCCUUCAGCUCCUCAGAACCUGGUCUACAACAUCAACCAGACCACCGUCACUCUAGAGUGGAGCCCGCCGGCCGACACUGGAGGCCGCAACGAUGUUACCUACCGGAUUAUCUGCCGACGCUGCAGUUGGGAGCCAGAGGAGUGCGUCCCGUGCGGUGGAAACGUGGCUUUCACGCCGCAGCAGAGCGGCCUGACUGAUACCUACAUCACCAUCAGUGAACUGCUGGCACACGCCAACUACACCUUUGAAGUAGAGGCCGUCAACGGCGUCUCGGACCUUAGUCGCACCCAGCGACUCUUCGCUGCCGUUAGCAUCGCUACCAGCCAGGCCGCUCCAUCUCAGGUCAGUGAGGUGAUAAAAGAACGAGUGCAGGAGCACAGUAUCCAGCUGUCGUGGCAAGAACCAGAGCAGCCCAAUGGAGUCAUCACCGAAUAUGAGAUCAAGUACUAUGAGAAGGACCAGAAGGACCGCAUCUACUCAACAGUGAAGUCCAAGUCCACAUCAGCCACGGUGAACAAUCUGAAGCCCAGCACGGCAUACGUGUUUCAGAUCCGAGCAUUCACCGCUGCCGGCUACGGCAUGUUCGGCCCCAGACUGGAAGUCACCACCAAGGAGGAGUCUUCAGGCGCUGCCACGAUCGUGUCAAGCGAGCAGAACCCGGUCAUCAUCAUCGCGGUGGUGGCGGUAGCCGGCACCAUCAUCUUGGUGUUCAUGGUGUUUGGCUUCAUCAUCGGGAGAAGGUACGCUCUCGCGGGCCCGAUUGACUCUCCGCUCCUGCACUGCGGCUACAGUAAGGCAGACCAGGAAGGAGACGAAGAGCUCUACUUUCAAUUUAAAUUUCCAGGCACCAAAACCUACAUCGACCCUGAAACCUACGAGGAUCCCAACAGGGCCGUGCACCAGUUCGCCAAGGAGCUGGAUGCGUCCUGCAUCAAGAUUGAGCGGGUUAUAGGCGCAGGUGAGUUUGGGGAGGUCUGCAGCGGCCGGCUGAAGCUGCCUGGAAAAAGAGACGUGCCCGUGGCAAUCAAGACUCUGAAAGUGGGCUACACAGAAAAGCAAAGACGAGACUUCCUGUGCGAGGCCAGCAUCAUGGGACAGUUUGACCAUCCAAAUGUGGUCCAUCUGGAGGGUGUGGUCACUAGAGGAAAACCAGUCAUGAUCGUAAUUGAAUAUAUGGAGAACGGCUCGUUAGACGCCUUUCUCAGGAAACACGAUGGCCAGUUCACGGUGAUCCAGCUUGUGGGAAUGCUCCGCGGCAUCGCAGCAGGGAUGCGCUACCUCUCAGACAUGGGCUACGUGCAUCGCGACCUCGCAGCCCGAAAUAUCCUCGUCAACAGCAACCUCGUAUGUAAAGUGUCUGAUUUUGGCCUGUCCAGAGUGAUUGACGAUGAUCCAGAGGCUGUCUACACCACGACGGGGAAGAUGCAGGAUGUAAUGAAUAUGAUGUUUACCCCAGCCACUGACCUGCAUUUUACUGAACAGGGCGGAAAGAUCCCAGUUCGGUGGACAGCCACAGAAGCCAUCCAGUACCGUAAAUUCACAUCGGCUAGUGAUGUGUGGAGUUACGGCAUUGUCAUGUGGGAGGUCGUGUCCUAUGGGGAACGGCCUUACUGGGACAUGUCCAAUCAAGAUGUCAUCAAGGCUAUAGAGGAGGGUUAUCGUCUUCCAGCUCCUAUGGACUGCCCUCCUGGCCUCCACCAGCUCAUGCUGGACUGUUGGCAGAAGGACAGAGCUGACCGGCCCAAAUUCGACCAAAUAGUCGGCAUAUUGGACAAAAUGAUCCGCAAUCCCAAUACCCUGAAAACACCUGUGGGAACUACCACAAGACCCAUUAGCCCACUGCUAGACCAGAGCACGCCAGAUUUCACCUCGUUCCGCUCGGUCAGCGAGUGGUUGGAAGCCAUUAAGAUGGAGAGAUACAAAGACAACUUCACCGCAGCUGGCUACAGCUCACUCGAGUCUGUCGCUAGGAUGACUAUCGAGGACGUGAUGAGUUUGGGGAUCUCUUUAGUGGGCCAUCAGAAGAAAGUCAUGAGCAGUAUACAGACUAUGCGAGCUCAGAUGAUCCACCUGCACGGGACAGGCGUCCAGGUGUGAUGGACACCGGUGAGCCCCCCUGGGCAUGGGCGGGAACUCUCGGGGAAAAAAAAAAAACUGCACCCAUUGAAGGUGCCACCGAGGAUAAUCACGUCAAAACAAUGAUCAAAACUGAAAACAUGAAGUCUCUCUCCUACGAUGACUCCAGAAGCUGCGGAAUAGGACCGUUCCUUUGUUCUUCAGCGAAGGACUUUAGCCACCUCAUUAGCGAAGGUGCUGAACAGAGGAAAGAACAAAGGAAAGGAAGGGGAAAAAAAGAGGGAGAGGGAGAUGCUACCUGGACAUGUCAGAGCUCUGAAGAUCUUAUUACGUGUCAGUGGAGAGAUGGAGCGUUUUCUAGCAUUUUGAUGCUUUUUUUUAUCUCAACGACUGGUUGAUUUGCUCAUUGUCAGUAUGGACCUCACUAGAACAUGGAUAUAUUUUGCAAAAAAAAGGACAAAAGCUGCACAAAAGAAGCAAAUUCAAUCAAAAAAAAAAAAUUGAGUGUUUUUUUUUUUUUCCUUUUCAGUUUUAAUAGCCAUGGUCCAAUGGUUGUGGUAGGCUACAUAAAUUUCCUGCUUUGCAUUUGACAGUUUACCUUUUGGAUUUCAGUGUGGAAUUGACAACAGGGUAAAAAAAAAACGUCCCCUCUGUAGGCAGAGAGGCAGAAGCAGUGGCUGGAUGUUGACAGAGGCUUGGCUUCUCAGGCCAGUUGCUAUUUGUGUACCGAGACUCUCCGCUGGAACUGUUUGAGUCGGAGUCGUUCUCCGCAAGAGCAUCCCAUCCCUUUCUCCUGGUCAGUUUCGACGCUCUUGAGGGGUGUAUUUUAUAAACACACCAGACAUAAAGAUGGUCACGUUUUCUGGUGCACCACGACAUUUGAAAUGUGUUUUUUUUUUUUGUGUGUGUGCAAACCAUGAAAUUAUUACAAAGACGAAAAGACGAUUGAGAACCACUUUGAAUGGAUUCUUUUUUAUGUGAAACAAUGCGCUAGUUUCUUUUCUUUUAUUUGGAAGACGUGAAUGGAUGUUAUCUGCAAUAUUUUUCCAGUUUGCUGUUAUUUUUUUCCUUCUAAUGUUAUUAUUUCCUGCGGUGUCUCCAUAUAGAUAGCACUAUUGAAGACUGUAUUUAAUAGAGAGGCAGUUCGAUCUAAAGUUAAUUGUUUGCCUUGCAAAAUCUGUUUUCGCAGAUGGUGCAGAAUAUUUCAUAUUUUUGAGUUACCGCAAUCCCAGGCAGUCGGUUUUAGAUCCCAUAAUGCUACUUCAGUUUGACUGAGGCUGAGGAGCGAAACUUUAGAGGGAUGUCAUUUUUGCAGACUAGAGCAUGUAUACCCCCUGUCCCCCGUCCUAUUUGCUCUGUUCCCUGCAUAGGAACGCAAGCAGGAGGUGAAAUGGACGUAGGCAGAGAGAUAUAUUAGUGUCUUGAAGAGACUGAACAAUGAUCAAUCAGAGCAAUAAUAAUCGAGAUGGUACUUCUUAGUGAUGUUAAGGUGCUAUGUAGAUUUUUACCAUUUUUAGCAUGUCACCAUCAAUCACAGUAUGUCGAUCUUUAGAAAGGGAAUGAUUUCCCAGCAAGCGAUCCAUGUGUGGAUUCCCUCUCUUCCCCAGGGCAGGGAGGACGAUUAAAAAAAAACAAAAAAACACAAGAAUGUGUUGUUGUUGCUGUUCUGCUCUUCUUCCAAGAGCCAACGCUCAAAGGAGGAAUCCAGUCUUUCAAACUUG